CAUAUCUGUAUACACACAUGCACACAGACACAUUCACAGUACUGCACACAGGCUACACUCAGGGAAGCGCAACAGCAGUGAGAAACAAGCGGAUAGACUGUCAUGAUGGAGGAAUAUGAUAUUAUUGUGCUUGGAACUGGACUUAAGGAAUGUAUCCUUUCUGGUUUAAUGUCUCAAAGUGGGAAAAAGGUUCUUCACAUUGACAAGAAUCCUCACUCUGGAGGAGAGAGUGCAUCCAUUUCUCCCCUUGAGGAGCUGUACAAGAACUUUAAGGUUCCAGGUUCUGCCAAGUCUAUAGGCCGUGGAAAAGAGUGGAACAUCGACCUUAUCCCUAAAUUUUUUCUUUCCAAUGGCGAGCUGGUCAAAAUCUUGGUGCACACUGAGGUUACUCGGUAUAUGGACUUCAAAGUUGUUGAAGGCAGCUAUGUGUACAAAGCAGGCAAACUGCACAAAGUCCCCUGCACAGAGGAAGAAGCUCAUGCUUCAGAUCUGAUGGGCAUGUUUGACAAGAGAAGGUUCAGGAAGCUGCUGCUUUUUGCUCUGAACUUUGAUGUGAGAAACCCUCGGACCUACCAGGACGUAGAUCCUAACAAAAUGACCACGCGGGACCUCUUCUGCCGCUUUGACCUGGGACUAGAUGUCAUGGAGUUCACAGGUCAUGCCAUAGCUUUACACAGCAGUGAGGGUUACCUGGACCAGCCGUGUGGGGAAACCAUCAGACGGAUCAGGCUGUACUCUGAGUCUCUGUCCCGCCACAACACCAGUCCAUACCUCUACCCGGUGUAUGGGCUGCGUGAGCUACCACAGGGAUUUGCCAGACUGAGUGCAGAGUACGGAGGAACUUUCCUCUUGAACAGAGCAGUGGAUGAGGUUGUGAUGGACAACGGCAAAGUGAAAGCUGUAAAAUCUGAGGGGAAGCUUUUUCACUGUAAACAGCUCAUCUGCGACCCCAGCUACGUUCCUAAUCGAGUGAGGAAAGUGGGGCGUGUGAUAAGAGUCAUCUGUUUAUUAAAUCACCCAGUUAAAAACACCCACGAGGCCAACUCCUGUCAAAUCAUCAUCCCUCAAACGCAAAUCAACAGGAAAUCUGACAUUUACAUAUCCGUAGUGUCCUAUGCCCACAAUGUGGCCUCAGACGGGAUGUACAUUGCCACAGUGAGCACGACUGCAGAAACCAGCGACCCAGAGAAAGAAGUUCAGCCAGGCCUGGAGCUUCUUGAGCCCAUCAUGCAAAAAUUUGUUAAGGUCAGCAAAGUGUUGGUUCCCAAUGAAGAUGGAAAAAAGAGUCAGAUAUUUGUGUCCUGCUCAUAUAAUGCAGUAAACCACUUUGAUGCGGACUGUGAGGACAUCAGAGACAUGUACCGCCGGAUCACAGGAACAGAUCUCCGCUUCGGAGGAUCAGAUAGACACCAGUCUCUCAACUCGGAUGAUGACUGAGAAAGACCUUCAACAUCAGGACCAAAGAGUUCCAACAGCUGGGAGGCCAUAAUGCCAUUAUGAAUGAUUAUAUUGCUACACAGCUGUAAAGCAGAGGGUGUGUUCUGUAGUACGUAGACUGAAUUGUGAGUGCACUAUGUAAAUGCUGGAUGUCUAAUUUGUUUGCUAUAAUUAUACUAACCUUUUGUGAAACUAAGAAAUAUUAUUACUAAAUUAGGACUUUAUUUAGUGAAGAUAGCUUCAUAUUCAAUAUGAUUUUAGCUGAUUACACAAUUCUUGUCAACUUUACCAAAUAACUUUUGUCAAUGUAAGUAACUCUUAAGUAACUGCACGUAUCUACGGUAACUGAAGCCAGUUUGAUUGGAUUUGUUUUCCUUCCUUUAAGCACCAAUAAGUGUCACAACUUCUCAGCAGCAGCAGUUGAAAGUAAUAAUGCGGCACCCUGCAUGUGAACAACGGGGAUUUAAAAAUUCAUACUGACACUUGGCAUGUGUGUGGCACAGAGGCAGAUGAUUAAGAGAUGAUGUGUAGAGGAUUUGUGGAUUCUCUUAUCUAUUGGAGCUUACGUGUGAGAAGGACAAAACCAUUGAAUGAUGUCAUGUGCUGCACACAGGCAGCUUGUAGGUGGCAGCGCUGCUGGUGCCAGAAGGCGGACAGACGCACAGAGUAAAGAGGCUUAUCCAAAUGAAGGACAGUCACCACCAACACCUCGGGUAGAGGGCUGGAACAUAUUCAUAUAUAUUAUAUGUAUUUUUUUUACAUGUAGAACCCUUUUAUCUGCUGCACAGACAAUAGCAUCUGUGUCUUUUAAAAUAAUUAAUAUCACAUCUUCUAUGAAAACACAUUAAAUUCAUGACACUUGG